CAAAUAUGAAACUGAAAGUAAAUAAUAUUGAUAAAAAAGUAAUUCAUUUUUACGGUAACGAUAAUUUAGCCACGGCCUGAAUUGACAUUAGCACCUGUCCCAAGUGUCAAAUAUUUUUAACCUCAAAAUAAUUUAAAACCAAAACAAACAUUCGUUAUGGAGGAGCUUAGCCCUUGCGAAUUGGGCACUCAACAGUACUGGGACAGCCGUUACAGCGAAGAAAUCGACAAUUUCAAGAGCCACGGAGACCCGGGCGAAAUUUGGUUCGGCGAAGACACGGUAGAUAGAAUAAUCCGAUGGAUGAACAACUGCGCUCUAAUAACCAAGGAGAGUAAAUUAAUAGACGUCGGGUGCGGUAAUGGAAUGCUUCUAAUCGAACUAGCUAACGAAGGAUACACGAAUUUAACCGGUAUCGAUUACUCCGACAGCGCCAUAAAACUAGCUAAAGAAAUUGCCGAGAAACAAGCUUUGAGCAUAACUUAUUUCGCUUGCGAUAUUCUAAAAGGCAUCCGAGAUUGUUACGAAAUCAUUCAUGACAAAGGCACCUACGAUGCCGUAAGCUUAAGCGAAAACCCUAAAGAGAACCGAUUGAAAUAUAUCGAUAGCGUACACGAGAGCCUCGCCGAUAAGGGAUUGUUAAUCGUAACGUCCUGCAAUUGGACACAAAACGAGCUAAACAAACACUUUGAAGAUAAAUUCAAUCUGUACAACGUCAUACCCACGCCGCAAUUCAAAUUCGGAGGCAAAGUAGGAAACGUAGUAACAUCUUGUGUAUAUCAGAAAAAAUAAAAUGUUUCAUUUGAUUGUUAUUUAAUAAUCUACCUCAUAAC